AACUUUGCCCGUCUCUCCCGCAGGUGCCAGUGUCCGAGUCCUUCCCGGUGUAUGUGCGGUAACAACAUGUCUGUCCCCCUCCUCGCCGAUGCCGUGACCGUCUCCGGGGCAGAGCGGGAGACCGCUGCGGUCAUUUUUUUACACGGGCUUGGAGACACGGGGCACAGCUGGGCUGACGCUCUCUCCUCCAUCCGCCUCCCCUACGUGAAAUACAUUUGCCCUCAUGCGCCGCGGAUCCCCGUAACGCUCAACAUGAAGAUGGUGAUGCCUUCCUGGUUUGAUCUGAUGGGGUUGAGUCCAGACGCACCUGAGGAUGAAGCUGGGAUCAAGAAAGCUGCAGAAAACAUUAAAGCAAUUAUCGAGCACGAGGUGAAGAACGGGAUCCCCCCCAACCGCAUCAUCCUGGGGGGCUUCUCACAGGGUGGCGCCUUGUCGCUGUACACGGCUCUCACCUGCCAGCACCAGCUGGCCGGCAUCGUGGCGCUCAGCUGCUGGCUCCCGCUGCACCUUUUUUUUCCGGGCGCGGCGAGUAACAGCAUGAACAAGGACAUCGCCAUCCUACAGUGUCAUGGGGAGAUGGACCCCAUGAUCCCCGUGCGCUUCGGGGCCCUCACUGCGGAGAAGCUGAAGUCGGUCGUCACCCCUGCCAAGGUCCAGUUUAAAACCUACCCCGGAGUGAUGCACAGUUCCUGUCCUCAGCGGGCGCGAGGGGAGGCGGGGGGCUCGCUGGGCCGGGGCCCCGCAGCUCCCGGGGGUGACGCGAGGGCUGGCGGCCGUUCCGACCUACUCGACUGUGAACUGGAACCUUGUGCGGAGCGCGGGGCCGGCGUGGGCCGCGGGGCCGUCCCGCUGGCUCCCUGCGUGCGCCUGGCCGCGCUCAGGAGCCGCAGGGAAAACGGCUUCUCCCCAUUCCUCAAGUCAGAUACAAGGUCAAAUAAAUGA